GCAUGUGUAUGACUGUGGCGGAAGUUACCGCAGUGGCUGCUGGGAGAUUGCGGGGCCCGGAAGUAAACAUUGUACAAUUGGCUGUUUUUCUGUCGUGUUGUUUUGGGGUCGGCUGCUGCGGGUUUGGAGGAGACCAGGUAAUCAUGUCGGCUGCAGCUGCGGAAGCAGUUAAUGCAGCCCCCCUGACUGGGUCCAAAGAAAUGAGUUUGGAGGAACCAAAGAAGAUGACCAGAGAGGACUGGAGAAAGAAGAAGGAGCUAGAAGAACAGCGAAAACUGGGUAAUGCUCCUGCAGAAGUUGAUGAAGAAGGAAAAGACAUCAACCCUCAUAUCCCUCAGUAUAUAUCUUCAGUACCUUGGUAUAUUGAUCCAUCGAAAAGACCUACAUUAAAGCACCAAAGACCACAGCCAGAGAAGCAAAGGCAGUAUAGUUCAUCUGGAGAAUGGUACAAGAGGGGUGUGAAAGAGAAUUCCAUACUUACUAAAUAUCGCAAAGGAGCAUGUGAAAAUUGUGGGGCCAUGACACACAAAAAGAAAGACUGCUUUGAGAGACCUAGGCGAGUCGGAGCAAAAUUUACAGGUACUAAUAUAGCUCCCGAUGAACAUGUCCAGCCUCAGCUGACGUUUGACUAUGAUGGGAAGAGGGAUCGGUGGAAUGGCUACAAUCCAGAAGAACACAUGAAAAUUGUAGAAGAAUACGCCAAAGUUGAUCUGGCAAAACGAACACUAAAAGCCCAAAAACUCCAAGAAGAAUUGGCCUCAGGAAAAUUAGUGGAACAGGCUAAUUCUCCAAAACACCAGUGGGGAGAGGAGGAACCAAAUUCUCAGACGGAAAAAGAACAUAACAGUGAAGAUGAGGAUGAAGAUAAAUACGCAGAUGAUAUUGACAUGCCAGGACAGAAUUUUGACUCUAAGAGAAGAAUUACUGUCCGGAAUCUCAGGAUUAGAGAAGAUAUUGCAAAAUAUUUGCGGAAUUUAGAUCCAAAUUCUGCUUAUUAUGACCCCAAAACCAGAGCAAUGAGAGAGAAUCCCUAUGCCAAUGCAGGAAAGAAUCCAGAUGAAGUUAGUUACGCAGGAGAUAACUUUGUCCGAUACACAGGAGAUACCAUCUCCAUGGCUCAGACACAGUUGUUUGCUUGGGAAGCCUAUGACAAGGGAUCCGAAGUGCAUCUGCAGGCAGAUCCUACAAAACUAGAGCUGUUGUAUAAAUCAUUCAAAGUUAAAAAAGAAGAUUUCAAAGAACAGCAGAAAGAAAGCAUCCUGGAAAAGUAUGGUGGCCAAGAACACCUGGAUGCUCCUCCAGCUGAACUGCUUUUAGCUCAGACUGAAGACUAUGUGGAGUACUCAAGACAUGGAACAGUCAUCAAAGGACAGGAGCGGGCUGUCGCCUGCUCCAAGUAUGAGGAGGAUGUGAAGAUCAACAAUCACACGCACAUCUGGGGAUCUUAUUGGAAAGAAGGCCGAUGGGGAUACAAAUGCUGUCACUCUUUUGUCAAGUAUUCUUACUGUACUGGAGAAGCUGGGAAGGAGAUUGCUAACGCGGAGGAAUGUGUUCCAAGUGAUGUAGCUGGAGAAGAGUUGGUGAAGAAACCUCAAACCCUCAUGGAGAUGCAUCAGGAAAAACUAAAAGAGGAGAAAAAGAAAAAAAAGAAGAAGAAACAUCGAAAGAGCAGUUCAGAUAGUGAUGGCGAAGAAAAACGUGAAAAACUGAAAAAGGCACUGAAUGCAGAAGAGGCCCGCCUUCUUCACGUCAGGGAGAUCAUGCAAAUUGAUGAGCGGAAGCGGCCUUAUAAUAGCAUUUAUGAAAACCGGGAACCAACGGAAGAGGAAAUGGAGGCCUAUAGAAUGAAACGUCAGAGGCCCGAUGACCCCAUGGCCUCUUUCCUUGGCCGGUAGUAACCAGUCAUAGAGAGUCAUCCAGAGUGGACACAGUGGAUAUAUUCUUUUCAGCUUCUUGCUGGUAAUUGUUAAUGGAAAAAUCCUUGUGUUCUCUUCUUACUGCCUGACUUUAAUAAAGCUUCCAGAAGUCCCAUAGUAAAUUCAGUCCUUUCCACGCUAAAGAAACAAAACAAAGAGGAAGUACGUUAAAUGGGAAUUCAGAUUAUAUUUUCAGUUUUAUAUAAGUGAUGUGGAAAGAGUCCCCAAGUCACUACCUAUCAAAAUGUCCUUACCCAACAGUUCUUACAUCUCAGACUUUAUUUCCUCAAAUUCCGUGGCCCUUUAAUAUUUGUACAUGCACAUUUUUAAAUGUAGGUUAGUUACUUUUUCUCAAAAGCAGAGCUUCAUUUUUUUAAUUACGAAGUAACUCUGUAAUUGCAUUUAUUUUAUAAAUAUAUGUCUUUGUCUUUUAAAGUUUUCCUGUAGGAACUGAAGCUAAAAAAUUAUUCUACCUUGGGCUUUGGAUCUCUGAAAGGAAACCUGUAUAACAUGUGAAUAAUUUUCAAUGUCAAUCUGAAUAGCAGUAUUUUGUUUUUUACUUGAUUAUAAAAGUUUGAUUUUCAGUGCAUUUCCUUCCGCAUUACUACUAGAAAUAAAUGUUAGCCUUGACAUUUAAAAUAUGUCAACGGAAAAAUAAUUAUUUCCUCAUCCUUGAAUCAGUGUUGACCAAUCAGCACUAAGUCUUUUACCAUUCUGGACGUGAGCCUUUAGACAAAAUAAUCUUUAUCAUACAGGAUAUGGGUUUGUGAUUCUGUUUGUUAUUUUGUGAUUGCAUUUAUGUAACAAUCAUGAAUAUUAAAUUAGAUCGACUAUAGAAAAUCCAGUGCACUUAACCAUUAUACCCAGCAGAUGUCGCUUUCUGUAUAAAAUUUGCAAAAGGCAAAACCUGAAGUUGAAGUUUUUCUUCAGUGAACUGUAAGGACAGAUUGUAGGGAUGUUAGCAACUGAGAUUGCCAUGAUCCUCAAACCUCUGCUAAGAGUAUUGUGUGAAGGUAAUACUGGCAGAAUGGAAUCAGUGAAAACAGCCUGUUAAAAACAUCUGAUAUGAGCACGGUGAUAUUUAACACCUCACUGGCUUCUCUAAGCUACCAGAAACCAUUUGUCAGGGAGCCCUGGUGGCUCAGUGGUUAAGAGCUCGUCUGCUAACCAAAAGGUUAGCAGUUCAAAUCUGAAUCCACCAGCAGCACCUUGGAAACUCUAUGGGGCCGUUCGGCUCUGUCCUAUAGGGUCGCUAUGAGUUGGAAUUGACUCGACAGCAAAGGGCUUGGUUUUGGCUGAUUUUUGCAUUAAGUCAGCAUUUCAGAAAUAAUGCUGGUAAGAGAAUAACUGAAUCGCUAUCUCAAAUACUAUUGAUAUACAUGUCCUUGGGCGGUGCGAUGGUAAACGUGUUCAGCUGUUAACCGAGAGGCUGGAGUUUUGAGUCCGCCCAGAGACACCUCGGAGGAAAGCCCUGGCAAUCUACUUCUGAAAAAUCAGCCAUUGAAAAUGCUACUCUGACACACGUGGGGUCUUCAUGAGUCAGAGUCAACUUGAUGGCAACAACAAAAACAUUGGUAAUACGUGGUAUCUAGAUUCAACUCAGACUAGUAUGAAAUUAAAACAAUGGAGAUAGAUUUCAUUCUUACUGGCUUUAAUAAGGUCAAAAUUUUAUGUUUUCAUAUUCUUACCUUAAUGUGGACAAGAUCAACAUAAAGCCUGACGUUGCUAUUUUGUGUUUUAUUUAUCUUUUGUCAGUAAAGAGACAUAAAUAUCUGAGAAAACUGAGUAUUGUGUAGCCUUAUUUCAAAUAUUUGGUAGAAGAGUGGGUUAUAGGACUGGCAGGAAGCCUAGAUAGCUUCUGUGAGUUCAUAUUAGAACAGUAACAACAAAAAUAUGUCCCCUAACCUUUCUGGGCCUCAGUUCCCUCCUCUAUAAGGUCUAAUUUACUCUUGAUUUUAGGAAGAGUUCUGUUAUAUUCAAAAUCAUGUCUUAUUUCUGUUUCAUUUUGAAAUAAAGGUAACA